CAGCCUUAAAACCUUUCUCUCUCUCUCUCUCUCUCUCUCUCUGGGUCAGUCCAACCCCUUCUCACCUUCCACCAGCUUUUCUGUCUAUAAACUUCAGUCCUCCAACCUUUUCAUCUCCUCCCAUCGGCAUUAUUAAUUCUCUCUGGGGACCCAUCUAUGGAAGGCCAAGAACUCCCAAUAACCCCACCACCACCACCACUGUUGCCAACUCAAAAUCCACCUUUCUUCUUCUCACCCUCAAUCCCAUCCUCUUCAUUGCACCCUCCUCCUUUGGACUCUCCUCAAGUCCUCAAUCCAGAGAUUGACUGGGUCAACCUUCUGAUCUCUUCAGGUCAAGUCAGGCUUCCUGACAAGAAGCCAAUGAUAGAAAGUGCUAAUAAUUCUACAAUGGCUGGAAAUAUUGGUACUACUGUUAAUGAAGAUCGAGAAAAGGGUUAUAAGGAUCAUAAGAGAAAAGCUGGCAGCAUGAAAAAAGCAACGCGGCCUAGGUUCGCGUUUCAGACUCGGAGUGCGGACGAUAUUCUCGAUGAUGGGUACCGGUGGAGAAAAUAUGGGCAGAAAGCUGUGAAGAACAGCAUCUAUCCCAGGAGCUACUAUCGGUGCACGCAUCACACAUGCAGUGUGAAGAAACAAGUGCAAAGGUUAUCAAAGGACACGAGCAUUGUGGUGACAACAUAUGAGGGCAUUCACAAUCAUCCUUGUGAGAAGCUGAUGGAAACCUUAACUCCUCUCUUGAAACAAAUGCACUUCCUCUCUUCCUUCUAAUUUAUAAGCUUACUACGUAGUACUACUUCGCUAGCUAGCAGUUCUGCUGCAUGCAACAACGUAAUAUGAUAUUUACAGUUAUAGAAUGUGUAAGUACUGCGCACUUCUUUUAAAAAAAGUGAAUCAAUAUGGAACCUAUAUAAAAAAAUUAAUUUUUUAAUAGUGGACCCGAUUUUUUUCAAAAGGAGUGCGACAAUUCAUGGUUGUAUCUAGCAUUACUUAUAUAUUAAUUCGUCAACCUUAUCUUUGAACAAUACGAUAAAGCUAAUGUUAAUGCCAAAACACUGUUUCAACAAGAGAGUUUAUUGAUU